AUGGAGAACCAAGGUAUACAACAGCUUGAUUUUAUAUCAACUAAACGUAAAACACGUAAGGCAUUACGUCCUGAAUUUGCUGAUACAAAAUAUGAUAUUGAAGAAACAAAUCAAUUAUAUAAUACAAAUGGUAUAUAUAAUGAAAAUAUAGAAACUUUUGAAAUUGAUAAUAAAAAUAAUCAUCAUCAUAAAGAUAAAGAUAAUCAUAUAAAUAACAAUACAGAUAAUGAAUAUAUUGAUAAUAAUAUACCUAAAUCUAUUAUUAAAAUAUGUAAUUUAAAUAAUAAUAUUUCAAAUUCUAAUAAUAUAAAUACUAAUAUAAAUAUAGAAGAAAAAGAUUGUACAAAAUCUAUUAAUUUACAUCAUAAUAUAAAUGAUAUAUUAUUAAAUCAAGAAGAAUUAUGUAAUAUAAAUGAAGGAUCACCUUGUCCAUUUUUAGUUGGUUCUAGUUCUGAAGCUUCAUAUGAAAGAUCAUGUACAAUAUACCCUACAAUAUCUCAUAUAGAAUUUAAUUCUGAUAAUGAAAUAGAUAUAGAUAUAUCUUCUUUAAUAUCAAGUUUACCAACAAGUAUUUCUAAUUUACAAUAUUCAGGUGGUAUUAAUGAAUUACAAAUUUGGUUAGGUGAAGUUAUAGAUCGUUGUGAAAGAUUUGGUCUAGUUAUACAAAAUCGUUUAGAAGCUAUAGAAAAUGAAAAAAAGAUUAAAUAUGAUACUUCUCAAAAUCAAAAUUUAACAAAAUAUAAUGAAUUAAUUUUACGUAAAGAAUAUUUAUUAAGUGAAUUGCAAUCUAUUGAAAAUGAAAUAAAAACUGAAGAGAAAUUAUUAAAAGAUCAAGAAAAUGAAUUUAAUAUUCAAGAAGAAAAAUUAAAUGAAGAAACUAAUAAUCUUAAAAAUGAAUUAACUGAUUUAACAAAAUUAAUUUGUUGGCUUGAAGAAAUAUUGCAAUUACGUUUUAUUCCAAUUUUAAGAUUUCAACAUGAAUUAUUAUUAGAAAAUACUCGUGAAGAAAAAAUACUUUUAAGAUUAAGAAAUGAGAUCAUUAAAAUUGAAAAUGAAGAGAUUAAUUUAAGAGAAAAAUUACAAGAAAUAAAAAAACAGAGUAUUAAUAAAAAGGAUAAUAUAGAAUUACUUGAAGAACAAGUAAAAUUAGCACAAAAUUCUAAAUCAGAAAAAUUACAAAAGGCUAAUUUUAAAGAGGCUUCACUUAUUACACAAACUAUAAUGUCUCUAAAUAAUCAGAUUUUACAAGCUGAAGAGGAAUUUAGAAGAAUUUUAUAUAAUGAGAAGGAAAUUGAUGAACGAUUAGAAAGAAUAAAGAAACUUCUUAACGAUGAAACAUCUAGAUAUGAAGAUACACAGAAUAAUUUCAUUAUAUCUAGAGACAAUAGAAAGAAAGAUAUGACUAGGAAUUUGCAAGAAUUAUCUAAACAAUUAAAGGAUUCAAAUAUUAAUCUUUCUCAUUCUACAAGUGAAUUUAUAAAGGAUAUUUCAGAAACUGUAAUAAAUAGAAUGAAUUCUGCAAUACUUAUUGAAGAGGCUCAUCAAGAAUAUGACAAAAUGGAAGUAAGGGAAGGAAGUAAUCAUUAA